AGCAUCCCCCUGGAGAGGGGCCCUUGGGUGCGCCCCCGGCUGCCCCCUGAGGUGUGGGGGGGCCCCCGGGUGCGGAGCGGGGUGGGGGGGCCUCCAGCAGCCCCCCAGCGCCUGCACAACUACAUGGACGCACAGUACUACGGCACCAUCUCCCUGGGGACCCCCCCCCAGCCGUUCCGCGUCAUCUUCGACACUGGCUCGGCCGACCUCUGGGUGCCCUCAUCCCGCUGCUGCCUGCUGCACCUGGCCUGCUGGCUGCACCCCCACUACUACUCGGCGCUGUCCCGCACGCACCGCCCCAACGGCUCCGAGUUCUCCAUCCACUACGGCAGCGGCAGCCUGCGGGGCUUCCUGAGCCAGGACACACUGCAGGUGUCCAACGUGACGGUGCCGGCGCAGACGUUUGCUGAGGCGGUGGCGCUGCCGGGGCUGACCUUCGCCGCCGCGCGCUUCGACGGCGUCCUGGGCAUGGCCUUCCCCAGCGCCGCCGCCGGCCCCGCCGUGCCCGUCUUCGACAACAUGAUGCGCCGCGGGCUCUUCCGCCACAACGUCUUCGCCUUCCGCCUCCGCAGGCACGGUGACCGGCCCCAGACAUUCCCAUGUGUGCCCCGAUACAGCCCCGAUAUGGGCCUGAUAUGGCCCUGA